AAUUAAAGCCAUUUCCAUUAUUAGUUUUCCUUAUACUUAUUUUAAUGGUUAAUAGUCCGUGUAAUUAUUGUUUGGUAGCUAUAAGGAAUAAUUGUGUAUUAAUAGAAGUCUACGAUAAUCCAUUAAUUGGCGAUGGUAUUGGGUUUUAUAACACUUUUAUGUUUAUAUAAAUUUUACGGUUACUUUUAAAUAGAUUGGAUAUUACAAAACUGUUCCCAAUUGUAUUUAGAUGCAGUGCUAUCGUUCAAACAAUGCCGAUAAUUUCGAUAACAAUAGUCAGUUGUGCCAUAAUAUUGGUAGAAAAUGUUCAGAGCUUUCCCUAUGUGAUUUCCAACAAUGAAGCACUUUUACAGUCAAAUCAUCCACCAUUACAAACAGUUGUGGUUUCCGACGAUCAAGAUUAUGUACCAGAUUUGUAUUACCAUAACUCACAUGAUUAUGGGGAUCCACGUUAUUAUGAGAAUUCAUACCAUUAUGAUAAUUCGUAUGAUUAUGGUAAUUCAUAUGGUUAUGGUAAUGCAUAUGAUUAUGAGAAUUUAUACCAUUAUGAUAAUUCGCAUGAUUAUGAUAAUUCGCAUGAUUAUGGUAAUUCAUAUGGUUAUAUUAAUGCAUAUGAUUUCGGUUACGAUCCUAAUGAAAAUGACGAAAUUGGUUCAUAUAACCACCACAGCUAUUAUGAUGACGACUCAGUUGUUCUAGUUAAACCCCAGAUGAGAUCAGCUCAAGAGAAUAGUUUUUCAGACUCGAAUUCGAAUAAUGAAUCUCCUGUUUCAAGAGUAACAUCGCUUUUAGAAAAUCACUGUGUAACAGCCAUAGAAGUUAGACGAAAUAUUGUUAAAAGUUUGACAGAAUUUCUAACCAAAAUAAAUUUAACGGAUGUAGAUAAUGCCUUUGUAUCUGCGACUAAUCAAUUGUUAGACAAUUUAACUAACAAGGAAAUCUCUACAAUAUAUUUUAAUCAUAACUUAUACAAAUUACGUAAAUUAAAAUACGAAGAUCUUGGUUUGUCGCUUUUGAGUCAACUUGAAAAAGUUUCACCGCCUAUCGCACAAUUAUCAAUAAACGCAUCUUCGAAACAUCUUGUUGAAAAUCCUGAACUAUUAGAAAUGUUCACGGCAACUGUUUACGGGAAUCUAUUUUUUGGUGUAGACGAAAAAGUUAUUAGAGAACUUGACGACAAUGACAUUAAUGCUGUUCUACAGGAAAUUUCAAAAGAUGACAAUAUUGACAUACCGUCUAAGUACUUCAGUCCGUUCUGGUUCAAGGUUAUUGAAGGUUUUCAAAACGAAAAAGUCAAUCCAACUCCUCUACUCUUAGGAUGUCUGAUGAUGGAUUUUCCUCUGAAUAUAGAGCCAGAUUUAAUGGGUUUUAACUACGAGUAUACUUAUAAGGUGUUAUCAAGCCUAAGUUACACGCAAAAAGAUUCUUGUGAACAAAAUACUAACACCCCGUCAAAUACAUUGAAAAUCAACAGUAUUGCGUUGACAAUGCCAAAUACCAGGUCAGAAAAUGUGUAUACCUAUUACGACAAUGACGUGCAAACUUUAUACGAUGAUGUACCAGCAGUUGUAAUAAGUGAAGAUGAUAUUCCAAUUAAUAGGUACUAUGAGUAUGGAAGUCCCGUUUUAAAAUCAUUGUCAUUAGAAUAUCAAAAACAGUCAACGGAAAAUCCCGAUUCGCUACUAAGACUACAAAAUGGGGAUGAUAUUAACGUCUUACCAUUACAUGAUGACUUGGUCAACAGACGGUCUGAAGAAAUAGAACUUUCAUCAACGAUUUAUUCGCAACUCCAUGACGCACAGAAUGAUGACAACAGACUAAAAACAACAUUUGGGGGUGCUACCAUUAUUUCUAGUGUGUCCACGCCCAAUUCGUAUAAAUCAACAACGUAUCUUAAUAAAGAUAAUGGCGACAAUGACGGUGAUUUAGAAGCUGAAGUAAGAAUAAACCUUCCAGAAACGAAGAUUGAUGACGAACCUGUUGAGCCUUACAAAAAUGUGAAGCUGGAAAUGGAUGACCAUGAUGAUGAUUUCGAAGUAGGCAAUGAUGAUUUCGAGGAGGAGGAACCUUCUGAGCCUUAUAAAAAGGUGGAGUUGAAAAUGGAUGACUUUGAUGAUGAUUUCGAAGUAGGCGAUAAUGAUUUCGAGGAGGAGGAACCUUUUGAGCCUUAUGAAAAGGUGGAGUUGAAAAUGGAUGACUUUGAUGAUGAUUUCGAAGUAGGCGAUGAUGAUUUCGAGGAGGAGGAACCUUUUGAACCUUAUAAAAAGGUGAAGUUGAGAAUGGAUGACUUUGAUGAUGAUUUCGAAGUAGGCGAACCUGUUGACCCUUAUAAAAAGGCGAAGCUGAAAAUGGAUGACUUUUAUGAUUUUGAUGAUUACGCAAUAGACGAAAUUUUUGAGCCUUAUAAAAAGGUGAAGCUGAGAAUGGAUGACUUUGAUGCUUACGAAGUAGACGAAGCUGUUGAGCCUUACAAAAAGGAGAUGCUGAAAAUAGAUGACGAUAAGUUCAAAGAAAAAAUAGACGAUUAUAAAAAUUUUGGCGAAGACGUGCCAUUGAAGUCUUACAUGAAAACGGAGCUGAAUGAGAAGAGUACCAAUAAUGAUGCAAGGGAAUACGAAAACAUAUAUAAUAAUGGAGGGGAAGAACUUCAUGACAUAAGGGACAUUAUCAAAAAAUUAUGUGAGCAACUAGUUGAUGAUGUAAUUAAUUCACCAGAUAUCAAUUACGUGUCGCACGUAACUAAAACUAUCUUAAAAUAUUUACCGAAUAAGUUCCCAAAGAAAUAUACAAAAGAGUUGCAGGAAUUUCUUCAAAUGCUAACGUUUGCUAGCAAACAAAAGACAUCGCAAGACAUAAUGACAUAUUUAAGCAAUGCCGUUAAAGUUGUCAAAAUCGACGUACCGAUUUUGCAGAUAUCGGAAGGGCUUCACAAACUGAUAGACUUUAAUUCCUUGAGUACGCAACAGAAAGUACGAUUUAAGAGCGUCUUAAACUAUUUAAUUUCCAAUCCACAUAUUGCAUUUAAGAUAACGCAAGAUAUUGAGAAGAGUAACGAAAAUGAAUUCCUUUUCAGUUUGUUUAAGACAUUACAAAAGGAAGCAAGCAUUCCUGUGAAAGUUCGAAAUGGCCUGAAGAUGUUGUCAAAGUAUAUAAGGGUGGAACAUAUAAACAAAUGUGACGAUGAAUAUUCUUGAUAAUUAAAUAGAAAAUAUGGAAAUGAGUACGUUUUUAAAAAUUUGUAUAAUUAAUUUACAGUUUAAUAAACGCUUUUUAUUGA